AGGGUAACUGACCCAGUAAUGGACACUGUACCAGUAAUGGACACUAAUUUGAUAAAUUACCAGAAAAUAAGGAAAAUGUCUUAUGUAACCCCCACAUCGGGCUAGCUAAAUGUUCUCUGCAGUAUUGGCCAUCAUAUUUUCAAUGAUUAAAUAGCUAACUUCACUCAUCUGUCAAAAGUCAGAUUAAAAAUCAAACGAAGUUUGUGUGAGUCAGCUGAUGUAAAGUGUUUAUUUAAGCAAAUGCCGAAAACUAAAAAAAUUGGCACUCGCCAGUUUUUUUCAUAUAGCGAAGACGACUUGAAAAAAGCUAUUGAAGCUGUAACACAAAAUGGAAUUAGUAGAAAAGCUGCAGCACGUCAGUUUAAUGUUCCUCGAACCACACUGAUCCGUAAAUUAUACUCGCCUGCUACUACUCCUCGGAAAAUGGGUCCAGCAACAGAGCUUUCUGAAGCAGAAGAAAAUGUUUUUGAAAACUGGGUACUAGCAAUGGCUCGCAAGGGUUUUCCUAUUCAUAGACAAAACCUUAUGUUAUCAGUGAAAAAAUUUCUUGAGGAAACUGGCCGAGAAACUAAAUAUUUAUUAAAUAAAACUCCUGGGCGUUCUUGGUUUCAAGGAUUUUUAAAACGUCACCCUAAAAUUAAAGAGAGAUAUCCUGAAGCUGUCAGCAAAGCUCGGGCAGCAGUAACACAAGACCGAAUUGAAGCAUGGUUUGAUGAAAUUCAACUUUUUUUAGAGGAAGAUAGAUAUGAUGAAAUAUUAUUAGAUCCAACUCGGGUAUUCAAUGCAGAUGAGGCAGGAUUUUGCCUAUGUCCGAAGAGUGAAAAAGUUCUAGGCCCUGUAGGCUACAAAGAAGAUUUUUAUAUUAGGGUAUCAUCGGAAAAAGAGCAGAUAACCGUAAUGGCCACUUUUUCAGCAGAUGGCAAGCAUGUUCCUCCAAUGUUGAUCUUUCCUUACAAGAGAAUCCCAGAAGCUAUAGCUAAAUCAGUGCCAGAAAAUUGGGGUCUUGGUAGAUCUGAUUCAGGGUGGAUGACAUCCCAAGUAUUUUAUGAAUACAUUUCGAACCAUUUCCUGCCAUAUUUAAAAUCCAACAAUAUCCAAAGGCCAGUAAUUUUAUUCGUCGAUGGGCAUCGAUCACAUUCAACAAAACAUGUUAGCCAGCUAUGCGAUGAUAAUGGAAUUAUUUUGGUAUCACUUUUUCCCAACACUACCCAUAUUAUGCAACCAGCUGACGUAUCUGUUUUUAAACCUCUUAAAGCUGGUUGGUCAGCAGAAGUGAGAAACUGGAAAUUUCAAAACUUUCCAAAAGAUGUGACACGUUCUACUUUUGGUACUAUUUUAGAAUCUGUUUUUAGUAAAUAUGCUUCUGAGGAAACAAUUAAAAAUGGAUUUAGAAGAAGUGGGUUGUAUCCCUUUAAUAAAAAUAAUGUUGAUUACACAAAAUGCAUACCAAACAGAAUAGUUGCUGCACAGAUUUCUGAUAAAGAAACACCUAAAAAUGCCUUAGAUGUACUAGAAAAUAAAAUUGAAAAAAAAUACCUUACAGAAUUUAUACAAACAUAUUCAAAAAGAGAAACCUGGUCUGGAGACAUAUCUUAUUCAAAGCUUUAUAGUGUCUGGGCCGAAAUUAAAAUGGAUUAUGAAAAUGAAAAUCCUCAACAGAAAGAAAUACACCCCAAAAAUAUAGGUAUUACAUCACCAGUCGCUGGACCAUCGAGACGUCAAUGGGAAACACCUCCCCAAAAAACAUUCGCUACUAUGAAGAAAAAGAAUCAGAAGGGUUUAAAAUUCCAACUCCAUUUAAAAAAUGUUUAGUAUUUCCUCAAACGCCUGAUGGAACUUUAAAAACACCAAAACACAAAAGAAAAAUAUUUCCUGCAGUAGUUUCAAGUGCGAAAUAUCGAGAAUUUUACGAGAAUGAAGUAAAGAAGAAGAAUGGUCCGAAAAUAACAAAAAGAAAACAACAAAAAACAAAUACAGUCAACGAAGAAAGCAGCUCUAAUUCAGAUAUGGACGUUACUUAUCUCGACGAAGAUCUUGAUCUUAGUGAAAAUGAAAACAUCA